CUCUGUCCCCCAGUCUCUGUCCCUCCCUCCCUCCCUCCCUCUCUCUGUCUUUCUCAGGGAGGAUGGAUGGUAAGGAGUCCUUGCAGGCCAGUGUAAAUUCCUCCUACGUGGCCACCACUCAGUCCUCCAUGCAUGAGGAAGACGAGGUGGAGAGUGGGGGUGAGGUGGGCGAUGGGACCCCUCUGCUGCCAGGAGAGCACCCAGCCGGGCCGCUAGCCACCCGACACCACCCGGAAGACACCUACUGCAUGGUUUAUUUUAUCUUCUUCAUCCUGGGCAUUGGCUCCCUGCUGCCCUGGAAUUUCUUCAUCACCGCUAAACACUACUGGUUGUUCAAGCUGAGCAACAGCUCUGACCCCAGGGGGAAGGAGGUUCCUCGUUCUGACCUCAGUGACUAUUUUGAGAGUUACCUGGCCAUCGCCUCCACUGUGCCCUCAGUUCUCUGUCUGGUACUCAACUACCUCCUCGUCAACAGGCUGUCGCCCUCGGUCCGGAUCCUCACCUCGCUCUUCAUGAUCCUGGCCGUGUUCGCCGUCACCACGGUGCUAGUCAAGGUGGACGUUUCCGGGUGCAGGACCCAGUUCUUUGCAGGGACACUGGCCAGUGUGGCUCUGGUCAGUGGGGCCUCUAACCUCUUUUCUGGCAGCAUCUUUGGCAUCAGCGGACACUUCCCCAUGAGGAUCUCUCAGGCACUCAUAUCAGGUCAGGCGAUGGGGGGCACUCUCAGUGCAGUGGCCGCAGUGGUUGAUCUUGCGGCCGCCAGCGAUGUAACAAACAGCGCUCUGACCUACUUCCUGACUGCUGACUUCUUCAUCCUGCUUUGCAUCAUCAUGUAUUUGCUGCUGCCUAAACUGGCAUAUUCAAGGCACUACAUGCUGGCAGCGACCUGUAGCAGCAGUGGCGUUCUGUCUGAGGGGCCGUCCCCAUGCAGAGAAGCGGAGGGGCACGGGAGAUCGGGCGGGGCAUCGGGCGCGGUCACCAUCCCGCCCCUCAAGCCCAUUCUGAGGAAGACGUGGGUGCUGGGGCUGUGCGUCUUCUAUGUGUUCUUCAUCUCCAUCAUCAUCUUCCCAGCCGUGUCCUCAGGGAUCGAGUCUGUGCAGAAGGACUCGGGCAGCCCCUGGACAACCACCUAUUUUGUUCCGCUCACCAGCUUCUUUCUGUACAACGCUGCAGACUUCUGCGGGCGGCAGGCCACGGCCUGGCUCCACAUCCCCGGCCCCACCAGCCGGGCCCUGCCUGCGCUGGUACUCUCACGCACCGUCCUGGUCCCGCUCUUCAUGUUCUGCAACUACCAGCCCCGGGACCACCUGCACACUGUCCUCUUCCACCACGACCUCUUCCCGGUGGUGUUCGUGUCCCUGCUGGGCCUCACCAACGGCUACCUGGGCACCCUGCCCAUGAUAUACGGGCCGAAGGUGGUGCCGCGGGAACUGGCCGAGCCCACCGGCGUCAUCAUGUCCUUCUUCCUCACACUGGGCCUGGCCGCAGGGUCGGCCUUUUCGGUGCUCAUCGUCCACUGUAUCUGACCAGAGGAAGAGGGGGGACCGCCGGACUCUCCAGCCCUGGACACCAGGCCCAGCGAAUGCACUCUGUACACAGAGCACCCAAGAAGGGACAGUCCCUGUGUUGAUAUGACUGUGUCUGCAUGUGCAGGGCUCUCCAGACUGCAACUUGGAGUGGAGUGGAGUGCCAGUUCUCCAUCAUGCAGUGUGCAGCCAGAACCACUGAUCUGUUUGUUGAUGGUGCAGUGAUCCUCUAUAAAAGUGGAGAGGUAGCUAUAGAGGUCAGUGCACUUGCACAGCCCAGUAUUUACAGCAUGGGCAGUCAGUGGGCAGGUAUUCAUUCCCAUCAUGCACUUUACCUGACUGCUUGACUGCCACUCACAGUAGGACUUACCACCAACUAUUUUAUAGUGUCUUUAAUAGAUGUUUUAUUGAUUUUAAUAAGAUUUGGUCAUUUUGUGAUGGUUGUGCCAGUGGGCCAGGUUUAGCUAUGCUAUGGGAAUAAA